GGCAACGGCAAUGGCGGCGGGGGCGGCGGGAACGGCGGGGGCGGGACGGACGGCGCUCUGCUAGGCGGUUACUCGUACGUGGACGCCAACGGCCACCUGCAGAGCGUGCACUACGUCAGCAACGGCUUCCGCCUGCUGCACACCUACCCCGCCUCGGAGGUGAAGCCGCAGCAGCCUCAGCUGCAACACCACAAGCCGGCACCGCCGCCGCCUCCGCCACCACCACCACCACCGCCGACCACGACCACCACGACCACCACGACCACAACCCCACCGCCCAGUCAGAACGGAGGCGGGUUCUCUGUGAACGGCAUAGGAGGCUCCAGCGCCGGCGGCGGCAGCUUCAACGGUUUCGGCGGCUCUGGCAGCAGCUUCGGCAGUGGAGGCGGUGCCGGUGGCGCCAGCGGCAGCGGCAGCGGAGACGUCCACUCGCUGAACAAGUUCUUCUACUCUUUUACUGACCCCACCACAUUCGCCACGGCCAACACGGGCUUCCCCGUCCAGCACAACACGUACCUCGCGCAUUCCGGCUACCCGGUGGCGCCGUCCAACCUGUACGGCUACGGAUACGCCCCUGCCGCCCCCGCAGCCAUCGCGACUGCCGUACCUGCGCCGACGGCUGCGACGUACACAGCCCCCGCGCCGAUCACAUACACGGCCCACACAUCGCCUCCGACGUACACGGCGGCCGCCGCUCCAGCUACGGUGACGUACACCGCCCCCGCGCCCGCGACCUUCACGUACACGGCCCCCGCGCACCCCACCACGCUCACGUACGCGGCGGCGGCUCCCGCGCGUAUCGCGACGUACGCCGCCCCGGCGCCCGUAGCGACGUACGCGGCGCCCGCCCCCCUGCCGUACGCGACGACGGCGGCGGUGCUGCCGGGGGUGCAGACGCAGUACCACGCGCAGGGCGAGCUCGGCCAGUACACGUACGGGUACGUCGGGCAGCUGUCGGCCAAGCACGAGGCGGGCGGCGGCGACGGCACCGUGGCCGGCGGCUACUCCUACCUGGACGCGAACGGCGUCGUGCAGACGGUCAAGUACCUGUCGGACGACCUGAACGGCUUCCGGGUGGCCGCCACCAACCUGCCCGUAGCGCCCUCCGACCACAGCCGCCAGCAACCGCCCCCGCAGCAGCCGCAGCAGCCGGACCAGAGGCCCGUCGACUCCGGCUUCGUGGUGCCGAUGUCGGUGACCGAGACGCCGGAGGUGAAGGCGGCACGCAGAGCUCACGAGGCGGCGCACCGAGAGGCCAUCGCCAGGAACAUGAACAUGUCUGACUAGGCUGCCAGGCGUCCACCCUGCACGGGCAGCACCGCGAAAUACCGGCCAAAAAGCAACCCGACCGCUCUACCUUGUUGUCGCCUUCGAAACCAAUUGUAAUCCGUACACCCGCAACCACUAGCAGGGUAAUCACUUUCCCCCCCACCUACAGAUCCAUGAAACACACUGUACGAAUUACACUGUGCUCUCCCAGCGCAGUAGUUCACGCAUUUUCCACCUUUUCCCUCUCACACACUACUUUGCCCGAUAGUGAUUGUAGCAGCUGUCGAAUUCAUAUCAAUUUCAGCAUAAAACUAGGGAACACAUUUUAUUUUGUUUAUUAUUCCCGUUGAAGAUUCUGGCCAGUUUAGAUGUAAGAAUGGUGGAAAUAUAUGACUGUAGCCUUUGUGAGCCGGUAUCCAAUGAAAAAAAAAAAAAUUCUUAAGUCUUAAACACAACAUCUUAAAUAAAAAAAAACUGAAUUUUUGCUGUUGUUGCAGAUAAGUUUCAUUAGCGAAUAUGAAGUACACACCUUCCUGGCGUUCUGAUAAAUGCUAUUUAUAUAAUCAUUAACUGGCUUCCAGUUUCUUAGGCCGUCAUCUGGUGACAACAACGAUAGCUCGAGAAACCGAAAGCAAGUUCACGAUCAAAUCAAUAACUUUUUGCAGAAGAUCAGCAAAGUUUUUUUCUAUUCAAUAUUACUGUCAUAUUUGGUUAAGCACCGACAAAAAUUGAAUUUAAUGUUCCUCAGGGCAAUUCACUCCAAGGCUGCUUAUCAAAAUAGCCGACACGUUGGCCUUCGAAAAAAAUUCACUUUUAUUCCUGCAACAACGGUGUAUCAAUAAGGUCAAUACCCUAUGUAGAGGUGUUUCAGUAGGUUACAUGUUUCAGUAGCACCAACUACAUACACAGCGAGUGCCGAAAGUGAACGAAGUAAGGACUACUCUUUACAAACGGAUAGUCGUGUGUGCCAUUGAUUUCUUGUCAGACUAAUUUCUAAACUGAUUACGAUUGUUUCAAAGAACAAAACAGGGGAACCAUUAACAGUCACAUGCCUUCAUGAACAGCAUCACUGAUAAUAGUGGCUAUUAUACAAAAAAUGUUAACUAGUAGCUAUGUGGUAACCAGUUUUCUGAGGUGAGCUCAAUAUCUAUUCCGAUUAUGAGACGCUCUCCCCUGGGACUGAUUCCUGGUUAUGCUAUGUGAAGCAAGUCGCCAGUAGCCCGACGCAAAAGAUGAGAUUCUGCUGCUAACAUAAGCACUCGAAGAUUCGCAAACAUUUGAGGCACGUAAACCUUACUGCUGUCUUAAACAUAACAGUCGGUUUUCCUCUUAGGUAGUGUAAGCUUCACAUUGUGAUUUUUUACUCAGUAAGAAGUUAGAACAUCUGAAAAAUUUGGGUUGUUUAAUGUCUGUCCGCCCGUGAAUUGAAGAUUUUAGACUGUUGCUGUGCAGAAAUGACUUUUUAGAAUGUAAUUUAUUAUUAGGAGUUAUUUUUUUAAAAUUUAAGUUUUGUGUUAGAUAA